UUGGGCUUUUCGUCGCUGCGGGGCGACGUUUUAAAACGCACCGGCGCUUCCCGGCCAACACCUGUCCUUCGGUUCGUUUCCUUCCUUUGCUCCCUCCCGGCCCCCGUCGCGGUCGCGUCGCCCCCCGCGCCCGCGGCCUACCCACCAACGAGCUUCUUCCACCUCGCCCUCUCUCUCGGAGGAGGAGAGUAUCAGCCCGGCCGUCCUCCUGUCCUCCUGCUUAAAGCAGCGGAGCUCGGUACGCUUCGCUCGUUCGCUAGCUGCUCCCUGUCUGCGGCGCGGGCUGCUGUUUGGUUCAGCGGGGGUAGUACACCUGUGAGGCUGUGACGUGUGUGUUCCUGUCUGGGUCUGGGACGCGGUUUGGUUUGAUUUGAUUGGGUUGGGUUGGCGGGAGGGAGAGGGAGAUCCGAGUUGUGUGUGUGUGUGGAGGGGAUGGAUUUUCCGGGAGGGAGCGGGAGGCAGCAGAACCAGCAGCAGCCGCUGCCGCCGAUGACGCCGCUGCCGCUGGGGAGGCAGGGGUCGUCUGUCUACUCGCUCACCUUCGACGAGUUCCAGAGCGCGCUGGGCGGGCCCGGGAAGGACUUCGGGUCCAUGAACAUGGACGAGCUCCUCCGCAACAUCUGGACGGCCGAGGAGUCGCAGGCCCUCGGCGCCGUCGUCGCCAACGCGUCCUCGUCGUCCGCCGCCGCGGGGGCGGAUCAAGGAGCCGGGGCGCAGCCCAUCCAGCGCCAGGGCUCGCUCACGCUGCCCAGGACCAUGAGCCAGAAGACCGUCGACGAGGUCUGGCGCGACAUGGUGUACUUCGGCGGGCCCUCCGCCGCGCCGGCCGCCGCGGAGCUCCCGCCGGCCCAGAGGCAGCAGACGCUCGGGGAGGUCACGCUCGAGGAGUUCCUCGUGCGCGCUGGUGUGGUUCGGGAGGACAUGGCCGGCCCGCCGCCGCCCGUUUCGCCGGCGCCGGCGGCGCAGGCGCAGCAGCCGCCGCCUCCGCAGCCACAGAUGCUGUUUCCUCAGAGCAAUAUGUUUGCUCCCAUGGUGAAUCCUCUGUCGCUGGGUAAUGGGAUGAUGGCCGGAGCUUUCGGCCAGGGAGGUGGUGGCGCGACCACUGCUGUUUCCCCGGCCAGGCCGGUUUUGUCCAAUGGGUUUGGCAAGAUGGAAGGCUUGAACUUGUCCUCGCUGUCACCACCACCGAUGCCUUAUGUUUUUAAUGGUGGAUUGAGGGGGAGGAAGGCGCCGGCCAUGGAGAAGGUGGUCGAGAGGAGGCAGAGACGAAUGAUCAAGAACAGGGAGUCUGCAGCGAGGUCGCGCCAGAGGAAGCAGAGUUAUAUGAUGGAGUUGGAGACUGAGGUGGCAAAACUUAAAGAGCGGAACGAGGAGUUGCAGAAAAAUCAGGUGGAGAUGCUAGAGAGGCAAAAGAAUGAGGUGUUCGAGAAUAUUAGAAGGCAAGUUGGACCUAAAUCAAAGAGAAUUUGCCUGCGUAGGACACUGACAGGGCCGUGGUAAGCUGAAGACAUGUAACUAAAACACACUACUUUCAGCGUGUGCAGCUUAUGUAUCAGUAGGUGAAUUCAGAAUCGCCAGGAGUUGCACUUGUAGAGCAGCCACUGGUCCGUUGCUUCAGACUCCUAUGCUCAUAGACACUGCCAUUGAUAUUCCCUCAAUAGAUUUUUAGCCGUCUGCGCACCACUCGUGUGAGUAGAGCAUUGUAUGUAAAUCUGCUUGAUCAUGGUCACUGUCCACACAGCGCGUCCAUGUGUAAUUAGGCAUACAGCAUUGCUGCUCAGCUGCCCUAGGCUUCUGGGUUGUGUGAUACUACAUUAGCACUACAUUUUCUUUUCCGAGGGUCCAUAGCUCCCAUGUUACAGUAGAUCACAUGGGUUUGUAUUCAUAAACCUUGGCAUGUCUUGUAAAACCAAAGCUAUUUGUGUUCAAUAGCAUAUGUAGAUUUUUCC